GAAGACAUCGAGUGGCCAAUGGCACUGUCCGUACAGACAAACGAUCCUGCAUUGUUCUUUGCUGCUCUUGCCAUGUCGUGUGUGCAUCUUCCGGAAUCGCAUGAAUUCAGUCCUCAGAGCAAUCCUUUCUUCUUCCGCUGGCUCUCAUCUAAAUGCGUCGAGUUCCUGAACAAAUCGCUGUCGAACCCUUCACGCGCAUACAGUGAUGGAACUCUGGUUGCGGUGACCUUCAUCUCUUUCUGUGAGAGUAUGGCUGGAAGUCAUCGCAUCGCCGCUACAGUUCAUCAACCAGGCUUGCGAGAAAUGGUCAACGCACGCGGCGGCCUCGAUUCAAUUGCCAAAGCAUCUGCUGUCGGCGAGAGAGUCACCAAAGCGAUAUCUGCGUUGGAUAUAGUCGUGGCUACCAAAUUUGGAUGUACUCCAAUCUUCGACGACUCAUAUCUCCUCACUCUUCAGGACGUAGAGGUGACAGAUAUUCUGUCAAGGAUCAAGAAGACUGCAGAAGGCCAUCUUGACCCUGCUUCUCCAAUGCCACGUACGGUCAUUUUGACACAAAGGCUCAAAGACCAUGAUAUUUUCAAGUCGCCUAGCCCGAGCAGUCCUCCUGCCCCUGCAAGAAUUGAGCAUCCAGUCUCAUGA